AUGACAUUUCAAAAGAUUGUAGAUUACAUCAAAAAGAAACAAAAAAAUUUGAAAAUACUGGUAAUGGGACUUGACAAUGCAGGAAAGACAGCCAUCAUAAAUUCUUACUUUAAACUACGAUUAGAUUCAGCACCAACGUUUGGUUAUAAGAUUCAUAGCAUACUCUACAAGGAUUAUAAACUAAACAUAGUCGACAUUGGAGGUCAAUACUGCUUUAGAGAGUAUUGGUCUAACUAUUUUGAAAGAACAGAUGGCAUAUUGUUUAUUAUAGAUUGUACAGAUGUAGGGACUGCAGUGAGUAUCUGA